AUGAAGUCAUCCUUGAUCGGCGACCUGCAGAAGGAAGCUGGUCGUGUGAGUCUGAUUGCUGGGCAAGGUGGAGAUGGUGACAAUCUGCAUGAAAAGACCGUCUAUGUUUAUGAUACGACAGAGUUUCCUGCGCACCUGGCCGAGGAGUACUUGCAAUUUCAGGAUGACAUGAGCCGAAUCUACAACAAGGUCAAAGCUGAGUUGACACUGGCCGAGAGUGGAUCGCUUUGUCCUGGUGCAGAGCUGUACAUCCCAUGGGCAAACAUUGGGAUCUUCGUGGCGGUCACAGCAGCAGUGGUCUUCCUGGCACGGAUCGGUUGCAAGCUGGAUUGGCCGGGCGGAUGGGGCCGCCGUCAGAUCUCCUCGAUGAAAUCAGGGAGAGCAUCAUUGAUCGAAGCUGAUGUGGAGGAGAGCUACCAGGGCCUUAAUGGUCCUUCAAUUGAGGAUAGCCAACUGGUGAAUCGCAGCUAA